AUGAAUCAGAGACUCGUGCUAUUUGGCAUCGAGCACAAGGAUGAAACUCGGAGCGACAAGAGCCUGGCCAUCUGCGACAUCCACUACGUGAGGCAGUGGCGGCAGCGACGCGGAGCCCCCUCCGCCCAAGCGGCAGCGGCAGCGGCGGCGACGGGGACCGCGGACUCGGCGGCAGCAGUCCUUAGCAGCAGCAACGGCAGCCUGGAAGACAGCCGCUCCUCCGUUGCGGCGGCGGUAGCGGCGGCGGCCACGGCGUCUGCCGCCGCCGGAGGAGCGGGGGGGAACGACGGCGGCCGGGCGGCGGCGGCCACGGCGGCGGGGAGCGCGGCGAUCGCUGUCGGGACGAUCGGGGACUACGGCGGCGGCGGCGGCGGCGGUGGCGGCAGUAGGAAGACGUCUGCCCCGUCGAGUCAGCGGGAAGGAGGAGCAAGCGGAUUUCUGGUGGGCAGCUUCGGUAGCGUAAGGAGCGGCGGAAGCGGUGGCGGCAGCGGUGGUGGCGGCGGCGGCGGCAUGGUGGCAGGAAUGCUCAGCAGCAUGACCGGGAUGACAUUGGCCGGGAGUACCAGCGGCGCAAGGUUCGGAAGCGGCGGUGGAAGCGGCAACGGACAAAGAAUGGCAGAAGAGUUCAGCGACGAUGAAACAGACGGCGUCGCUGACGACGACGACAACAACAUCAACGAUGUUGCCGCUGCUGCUGUCAGGUCUAGGGGUCGCAGGGCGCGUGCCGGUACCGCCCCUGCUACUGACAGCUCCGGUGGUCGUACGGGAAACAGGGUAGACUUCCUCGACGCCAGCGGCAGCAACGCGGCAGCGGUGGUCGGGGGUGGCGGGAGCGCGGCGGGUUCUGGUGAAAUCUGGCCGAUCCCUAAGGGGGACGGCGGCUGGGAUUCCGCCGUGGCGGCGGCGGAGAACGCCCACGCGGAUCUCGGGGGGAACGAGGGGUACGCGUCGCUGGCCUGGCUGCCUGGGACCGACUCCGUGCUCCUGGCUGGUACCGGGUCCAAGUUCCUCAAGAGCAUCGACGUCCGGGGCAGGGGGGACGAUGCCCUUCGCAGCGCCGAUAGCAGCAAUGUCGUUCCCCGCACCAUGGAGGUCCACAAGGGGGGCGUUAUCCGUAUCGCGGUGCUGCCGGAGGACCCUAGGAUAGUCGCCACCUGGUCGGACAGUGUGGGGGAGCCGGUAAAGCUGUGGAAAUCGCGCAGUCUCGUGGGCCGCAACGGCGGCGGCGGCAACGUCAAGGCACGCGACGCGAGCCAAAGCUCGAACCCUGUGGCCACCCUGCGUCCUCCCGACAAGACGAGCUUCGUCGUGGACAUCCCUUCCCGCUACGAGCUGACGAAGCACCCGGUCUCCCGGGUAAGCUGGCAGCCCCCACGGGUCACCCCGCGCCCGAUCGCGCCGUGGGCCUUGUCCGGUGCCGGCGGUGGCGGCGCGACGGCGGCGGCGGCAGUGACCAAGGCGAUCACGCAGGUCCUGGCGGAGGACGAGCGCAUUGCCGUCACGUUUCCCCAGAGGAUGCUGACGGUCGGGGGGCCCUUCGUGGAGAACAUCGGCCCCUGGUUCCAGACGAGGGCGAUGGCGACGUCGGCGCACGGGGAUGUGGGUCACACCAAGGGAUUCCGCGAGGCCGAAGGCAACCCCGAGAGGUCGGGCCUGAUGACGCGGCUGGGCGAGGACGCCGCGAGCCUGAGCGGGCAGGAACUUGGACAGCGAGAGCUUGCCGACGUGGCGAGGCGCAGGAUAGCACGCAGCGGCAAGCCUCCCCUCAUGACCGAGGUGAUGAAGUGGCGGGCGCAGGCGCAAUACAGGUCUGAUGCCGUGUACAACAGGGAUACCAUCUUCGACGAGGAAGUCGCGAACCAGGUUGGAAUCUCUUCCUCUUCGGAUAUCCACCCCCUGUUGGAAAACCGCGCGGUGUCGUCGACAACCGGCACGGGGACCGGCGGCGGCGGCGGCGGCAGUGGCGCCAUCAUGGCCAUCGCCACCGCCGACAUCUUGUCCGGGUGGCACCUGUGGGACUGGGUGGCUAGGGUGGAGGCGUUGUGCGAGGAGCAGCGUGUUUUGGCGGCAAAGGCGGCGGCGACAAGUGGGGGGAGUGCUAGCGGCGGAGGCGGCGGAGGGUGA